AUGUUCACCUGCACAAACGCUCUGCCCACCUGCACCGCUAAGCGUAGGAUUUGCGGUAUCGGAGCGCACAACGAGGACUGGAUCCUUCCGCGGUUCAAACGCCCACGUCUAACCACCGGGACGAGAACCGAGACAAAGGUGGAGCAGGACAAGAAGAGUCCGAUCAGGGAGGAAACAUGCAACGAAGGGGUCGAUGUUUGCGAGAAUGCUGCAUCUGCAUCUGCAUCUGAAGUCCAAGUCGAUGCCAAGGUCGGAGGGCAACUCGAAGAUACACUCGUGCCGGGCGUGGCAAUCGGCGGCCUCCAGACUCCAGCAGAUACCCAGAAUAUCUUGAUUCAAAGAUAUAUGGCGCUGCCCGCCGUGCGGGAUUUGGAUUGGCGAACCGACCGCAGGAAGCGCCCGGUCCAUCGAUCCCGGCUUGACGAGUUUACCCUGCUGGCAAGUUAUAUCCAGACGCGAGGCACAGUCGUGGAGAAAGGAAAAAUAUGCCUGGGGUGUAUGCAUCGGCAGGGACCUUGGCAGUCGUGCGUCGUCGGGUCAUUGUCUGAAGGGCCAGAGGUCGGACCAGAAGAGGCGGGGAAGAGACGCAGGGCAUGUGCGAAUUGCUGGACUCAGCCGGGCAGGAGGUGGACGUGCGGGAUCAACGUUGAUGCUGAAACCGAUGCUGCCAAUCUGGCCAUGGUCAGCGUUGAGAUGCCCGAGGAUGGAUUCUUUGUACUGGAGGUUGGACCGACGCAGCGGGUGUACAUAUCCGGGGUUGAGACGAGGGUCCACCCGUUGCGACAAUUGCGAGAGCUGGAAGAAGAGGGGAUGGAGCAGAUCGUGGCAAUCUGGGCUGCCUUGGGCGAGUUGACUGGUGGCGGGGAGCUUUGCUUAGGCUAG